AUGGGUUAUAUUUCAGGUGAUUUUGUAUCAACAUUUGAUGUAAAUGGAAAACAAGUUUUAAAGAUACAGCCAGAAGCUCUAACAUUAUUAGCUGAACAUGCCAUGAUAGAUAUAGCUCAUUUAUUACGCCCAAAACAUUUACAGCAAUUAUCUAAGAUAUUAAAAGAUCCCUCAGCAUCUAGUAAUGAUAGAUUUGUAGCAUUAGAAUUAUUGAAGAAUGCCAAUGUAGCAGCAGGAAUGGUAUUACCAGGUUGUCAAGAUACUGGUACAGCUAUCUGUAUGGGUAAGAAAGGCCAGUAUGUAUGGACAGAAGGUAGAGAUGAAGAAGCAAUAUCACGUGGUAUCUACAAUACUUAUACUAAAAAAAACUUACGCUAUUCACAGGUAGCACCAAUAAGUAUGUAUGAAGAAGUGAACACAAAGACUAAUUUACCAGCUCAAAUAGAAAUCUAUGCAACUGACAGCAACCAAUAUGACUUUCUAUUUAUAGCUAAAGGAGGCGGUUCAGCUAAUAAAACCUUUCUUUAUCAACAAACUAAAGCUUUAUUAAACCCAGAAAAACUCCUUACUUUUGUCAAUGAGAAAAUCAAGACAUUAGGUACAGCAGCUUGUCCACCAUAUCAUUUAGCUUUUGUAGUUGGUGGAACAUCAGCUGAGUUUAACUUGAAAACAGUCAAAUUAGCUUCAACUAAAUAUCUUGAUAAUUUACCUACUACUGGAAAUGAACAUGGAAGAGCUUUUCGAGAUCUUGAAUUAGAAGAUGAAAUUCAUAAAUUAACACAAGUAAUGGGUAUUGGAGCACAGUUUGGUGGCAAGUAUUUUUGUCAUGAUGUUCGAGUUGUCAGAUUACCACGUCAUGGUGCAUCAUGUCCUGUUGGUAUAGGUGUAUCAUGUUCAGCAGAUAGACAGGCUCAUGGUAAGAUUACCUGUGAAGGUGUAUUUUUAGAACAAUUAGAAAGUAAUCCAGGUCAAUAUUUACCAGAAGUAGAAGAUAAAGAUCUUGGUGGUGAAGUUAUAAAGGUGAAUUUAAACCAACCUAUGAAAGAUGUAUUAAACUUAUUAAGUCAGUAUCCUAUUAAAACUAGGUUAAGCCUGAGUGGAACUUUAGUUGUAGCUCGUGAUAUAGCACAUGCUAAAAUUAAAGAAAGAUUGGAAAAAGGUGAAGGUAUGCCACAAUAUUUAAAGGACCAUCCUGUCUACUAUGCAGGCCCAGCCAAGACACCAGAGGGAUUAGCUAGUGGAUCAUUUGGUCCUACAACUGCAGGAAGAAUGGAUUCUUAUGUUGAUGAAUUUCAAUCUGCUGGUGGUAGCAUGAUAAUGUUAGCCAAGGGAAAUAGAAGUAAACAGGUUACUAAAGCAUGUAAACAACAUGGAGGAUUUUAUUUAGGUUCUAUUGGUGGUCCAGCAGCUAUAUUAGCUCAAAACUGCAUUAAAAAGGUUGAAGUUUUAGAAUACCCAGAAUUAGGAAUGGAAGCAAUCUGGAGAGUUGAGGUAGAGGAUUUUCCAGCAUUUGUUGUUGUGGAUAAUAAGGGCAAUGAUUUCUUCAAAGAAUGGCAAGUGGAAUAG